AGGCCCGAGGAGGAGCAGGGCGGCGGCGCGGCGGGCUGCGGCGACGCCGCAGCCGCGGCGGCGGCGGGCGACUGCGCAUCGUGCGGGUCGGCGUCGUCCUGCGGGAGCAAAGGAGGAGCCCGACGCCACCGCGCCGGUGGACGAGCAGGAGCUGGCGAGGCGGGCGCUGCAGGCGCUGGGGAGGCCGGCGAGCACUACCGCGUGGGUGGAGGUGGCGACGCCCGGCGGGUCGUCCGAGCUCCAGUGGAGGGAGCUGGCCAACACCAUCGGGGAGAUGACGACGUCCCAGAAGCCGCUCGCGCCGCCGCCGGCCCUCGUCGGUCCGGCGAGCGCCGUCGCCCUCUCGCCGCGGUCGGCGACGUGUCGACCACCUCGGCCUCCACCGUCGUCGGCCUGCCCCUCCUCCGAGAGGCUGCGGGCGAACCAGGCCAUGGGCGACCAGGGCCGGCGCAUGCUGCACGCGAUGCGCGAGGGCAAGGCGCCGGACGAGGGCGUGUUCGUCGUGGCCGGCAGGCGCUCCGUGGAGGAAAGUCUACUUCAAGUCCAGCUUCUCGCGCUUCCCGCGCGACCCCGUCAACGGCUUCUCCGACGAGAAGGCGCGGCGGAUGGGCAGGGACUGCAUCGUCUGGAAGACGUUUGACGACGGCACCUUCACGGCGCUCUUCGUGGACGGCAGCCAGAUCGACUUCCCGUGCGAGAGCGUCGAGGGCUUCGACUUCCGGGGGUCCCACUACGUGGGCUAGGGGCCAGCGUGGCCCACCGAGCGCGGCGCUGCUCGGCGGAGCGCGCGCGGCGAGCUCUCUGCGCCGCCCUCGGGGCCUCCAGGAGAGGAGGAAAUGAGAAGGAGGUGGAGCGUCGACGGAGAAAUGAGGCUCAGGCCGGCUUUUCGCGCGCCAGGGCGCGCCAUCAGCGCGCGCCCGCGGCGUGUCCCGGCACCGCUCGCACGGUGCAGCCGGCGGGGACAGGCCAGAUCCGGUGGGAUCCGUGCCCCCCCUCCUCCUCACUCCUCCUCCCCUCCUCCUUCCUC